AUGGCAAAUUGGUGGAGAAGUUUUGACACUCGAGGCUGGUCAAACUGUGACUCAUCAGAUGAAUUCAUAACAGGGUUUUAUCGCAAUGACGUCAACGGCAAAUAUGAUAAAAUUUACUUGCUGGAGGAGGCCAACUGUUGCAAGGCUGCUGCACCAAACCACAACACCAAAUCCACCUGUAUCGAAGCCGAUUGGUGGCAUCAACUAGAUUCGUAAGUGCUUCACUGAAGAGUUAUGAUAAUUGUUUGAAGGACGCGCGUCCUUUUAUGGCCUAGCACGCCAUAUGGUUUUUUUUGUAGCUGAGUGGCAGAGCAUCGGAGCGCGAAAUCCGAAGAUCUGGGAUUCGAUUCCUCAUGUGACUACGAAUUUGUUCUUUGUCCAACCCUCAAGACAACAUAAGUAGCUUCUUUUUUUACUUCAGAUCGGGGCUCAAACUUUACCGUCCUCCUCCUUCUUUUCCCUCAAAUAUUAGUCAUGAACUAACUUUGUUUAACUGUCAUCUUUCUCCUCACUUUGAAGUUUCCAUAUAUGGGCAGUAUGUCCAGAGGGUCAUUUUCUACAAGGACUGUAUCGUACCUGGGGGGACUGGCUCUACAAUAUAGAAGAAGGAAAAUGUUGCAAACCAAAACACCUUCCAAAUAAAUACGGACAAUGCAUCAUCAAAGAUAUCGAUGCAUCUUUCCACAAGAAAGGUCUGACUGGCUGUGACCAUGGAUAUUACAUGGCUGGGUUUUACAAAGGAGGAUGCGAAGAACUGCACUGUAUAGACAAGGUCAAAUGUUGUCAAAUGUUUGAAAGUGAGUGUCAUUUCAGCAACUAUUAUUUAAUUUGUGAAGACGCAAUUGUCGACAUUGAGUGGACAAAGAGCUAUUUUUAUUGCUUUUGACCGGCAGAAUAAGGUUUUUACUUGAAUAAAGACGGUUUUAAUUUUCCAUUUUCCGUCAAAAUUAUAUGCCUUGCCAACUGAGUGGUGGGACACAUGAUUUCGCAAAAAAAGCCUGAUAUGUGGAUAAACGGAUGCAAGGUCACUCCGAGAGUCCCUUUACUAAUGAACAUAAUUAAGACAACGUUUGUAAAAAUGACUUUUGUUUAGCUUGUCUAUGGAAGGUCGAGGAGAAGACACGAUAAAGCCUGAUAAAGGUGUUCUUCUAAACUGUUCCUAGAUACCACCCAUCGAUUAUUCACUUGUGAAUAAUUGAUGUGGGAAUAGUGAUAGUAGUAAUAACUAUAGUAAUCCAUAAGGUUUUUGCCAUAGUAAAGUGGUACAAUGAAUGGUUAUAACUUUUGUCACCUUUCAUGUUUUAAUUUAGGUCCACCAGAACCUUCACAAGGUAAGGACUAGUUGUUUAUUCCUAGGACUUUUUUCACGAGCAAAUGUUGUAUUUUAGUCAUGUUUCUUAGCAUCCUCUGCAUGUUUUUCUUAAAAUUAUCGAAGCUUGGUAACUUCUUUCAACAAAUUACUUGGUUUCGUGCUUAGCAUCAAGACGUCAUACCUUGUUUCCAUAGCAACUUUGUUGGAAAUCAGUGUGAUGAUAGAUUUCAAGGCAAAGUUGAACAGCUACAAAAAGAUGCUGAUAUGUGCUCUUGUCGACAGAAUGGUCGAAAAGGCAAGUGGGAGUAUCUUUGGAAAACCCCCACUGUUAGUUUCUAGUGUAGAGGUGGCUCUUCAUCAUGCAAAUCAUAUGAGUCGUGUGCAUGUGAAUAUUCGGGAUUAGAAUACUUGGAAUUCUAGAAGUGCAAUAUUAUUUAUAACUUUAUAUCACUCUUUAAGUAAGAUGAAAACAAAACGUUUCUACGUUGCGCAGCCUAAGACCAGUUUUAAACAAAUUCUCUGUCGCCAAAAUGCAGAAUGUUCAAACUACGAAGUGAUUGAUGAUUCUACAAGGUCACGUGGCUACCAGACAAGCAGUUCCAAAUGUGAUGAUACCAUGGAAACCAAAUGGUACCGAUUCCAAGGAGCUUCAGGCGAUGCGAUGCCCGUAUCUUGUGUCCCAAAGAACCGCUGUGGUACACGCGCCCCUGGGUGGCUUCAUGGAACUCAUCCGACAGUAGCGCACGGAAUUGUGUCCACCAAGGUGUGUUAUCACUGGGGCGACAACUGUUGUCACUGGUCCAACACAAUAAGGGUGCGCAACUGUGAUGGCUUCUUUGUAUACGAAUUGAACAAAACACCCGGAUGCAAUUUACGUUAUUGUGGAAAUUCGGGUAAGAGACGAAUAUACUAGGACUUUAAGUUUCAAGGAGAGAUUUUUUCAUUCAUGCUAUAAAAUCAAAGAAAACAUUCAUGUUACGAGGACAUUUAUCUUACAGAUUACGCCACUGCAACGAAAUUCACAUUUGCAUUUUCUUUUUGCUUUAUUGCUGCUCGGUUUUUGUUCUCGAACUUCUCUUUUUGGAAUUAUUACUUUGCUUUUAAUAAAUAAAGUGAUCGACAAAAAAGUAUCUUGUAUAUUUUUGUGCUUUAGAAUUUAACGGAAAGCAGUUGAAUCAUUAGCGCUGUAAUUCGAAAAACCUCAGUUAAGCCUGGAACGUAAUAGUAAUUGAAAAACGUCAUUUCUUUCUUAGUAACUGCUGGGUUAUUUCAUUUCAGGUCCAGGCCUCACCCUACCACCAGGUAAACAAAUGUAAUUUCGCGUUAUUAUAUGCUUACUGUGUUUAUGUUGAUAUUACCCUUGUCAAGUGGUUACAAAAAGCCAGUUUCUUUUCCAAUUUGUAGAGUGUCUUAACUACGAGUACCUGGGAGAUGAUACCAGAGCUCGUGGAUAUGGCAACGUUCAAUCGUUUAAAUGUGACAAUAAACUGAAAACCAAAUGGUACAGACUCCGUGGAUCUUCAGGAAACGAGCUCCCCUCCUCUUGUGUUCCCAUGAACUCCUGCGGAACGCAUGCGCCUGGUUGGCUUCAAGGGCAUCAUCCCACCGUUGCGCAAGGAAUUGCUUCGCUUAAAGCGUGUUUCCACUGGAAAAAGAGUUGUUGUCAAUGGCAAACUGACAUCCGGGUGCGUAACUGUGAUGGCUUCUACGUCUAUGAGUUGAAACCGUCACCAGCAUGUCAUCUGCGCUACUGUGGAAACUCAGGUGAAAGAAAAAAUCGGUAUAAAUGUUUCUGUCUACAAGUAGUGUCAAAAAGAAAGUAGUGUCAUCUGCACUAUUGCGGACACUCAGGGUGGGAGAUUGAUUGGAAAUCUGUAUUUCUAAGUUUUCAUUUUGGAAUCAACAUGAUAAAGGGGUACUUAGCCUAUGAAAACCGUCAUGGAAGUCGGCGCUAAGUGGAAAAAACGAAAAAAAAAACCGUUAAAGAGUCUUAGAACUUGAGGUAAUUCAAGCCCCUUUUAGAAAGUCUUUGUGAAAAGAUGACAAUGAUCUUCCUUUUGGACCAGUCUGAGCUUUUACUAAUACACACCCCUUGUUCUUUACAGUUAGAAAUCAGUGCAAGAAUAAUCCUUGCAAAAAUGGAGCAACAUGUUUCAAUCUUCAAGAUAGUUAUCGUUGUCAAUGUAAACUGGGAUUUUCUGGGGUUAAUUGCGAAAAGGGUAAGUAAACAAUUUCGCUUAGCUUUUAAAUGACUCAUCAUGUAUCAUGCGUACCAGCUAUUGAAGUAUUUCGUAUCACGGGGCAUUUCUACUUACUGUAAUAUAUACAAAAGGCAACUAUGUUAGUACAUGAUUAUCAUGGAUUCAUGGUAAAGAAAUUCGACAAGGCCAUAGUAUUAUUAGAAGUAAAACAUUAAAUUUUCGGGAUUAAAUGCAGUGGUAUUUGAUGUACAGAUACAGACGAGUGCGCAAACAAACCUUGUCAGAACGAGGCCAGCUGCGUCAAUCUUCAAGGAGGAUAUCGCUGUGAUUGUAAAUCUGGAUACACCGGAAAGAACUGUAAAGAUGGUUAGAAAUGAAUUUGAUAAGUACGAAUUUUUUAACCUAAAAAGGAUUCGUGGCCCUCAAAUAAAGGUUAUUCCACUCUUAUUUGUGUAAUUUUAGACGUGAACGAGUGCAUGAACAACCCAUGCAAAAAUGGAGUGGCCUGUAUCAAUCUUCGAGGAAGUUAUCGUUGCGAUUGCAAAUCUGGAUACACUGGAAGGAACUGCGAAACAGGUCUAACAUUCAACCUUAGAACUUAAGAGGAUCAAUACUGUUAUCUGUCGAGAAGCGUCCCGUAAAUUAUGAAUUUCUCCCUUUUUUUACAUUUUCUAAGAUAUUAACGAAUGUACCAAAAGUCCUUGCAAGAACGGAGCUACUUGUGUUAACCUUCAGGGAAGCUAUCGCUGUGAUUGUGUAACGGGAUAUUCAGGAAUAACCUGCGAAACAGGUAUUUCGUUCGUUAUGUAGUACAGCUAUGGGGUCAGUUUAGUUAAUAGUUUUAAUUUGACAAGCUGGUGUGCAUUUUUUAUUCUUAGAUAUAAAUGAGUGUGAAGCUAACCCUUGCAAGAAUGGAGGCACGUGUGUUGAUCUUGUUGGAGAUUAUCGUUGUGACUGUGUGCCUGGCUAUACUGGAGCAGAUUGCGAGACAGGUACACGCUAUUUGUAACAGUAAUAGACAAAGUGGAGUCCAGUUUGGUCUGAAAUCAUACGAGUGAAGUCCUGUUAACAGAUCAAGGCAAUGACAAAAUUUGAUAAAUAGACGAAAAAUUACUGAUAAAAACUCGCCUUAAAUAUCCAUCCGUAAAAAGCAAAACGUUUUCCUGUUCUGUUAUUUUCUUCAGCUCCAAAAUUAACCACUUCAUCUCCACCCAUCACUACUCAACCACCAGUGAUAGGUAAGCUUUAAAGCGAGUAACCGUCUCUGAUUUUUGUAACUACUCAUUUGUACCACAUAUGUAAUACUUCCUCUUUUGUUCCCAGGUGCAAACGCAUGUAAAGAAUAAUUUUACUUCUAGAGAAAAAGGUAGCAAGUCAUAGUUUCUACAUUUCUACGUUUCUACAGUUCACGAUCUACAGCCCCAGGCCUUUUGGCCAGGAAAUCAGUCAUCCAUCAUUGAAAGUUUCAGCGACUAUGUAUUUGUAAUAAUCAUUCCUUGAAGCAAACCUUUCUUUGAAUCCAAUAAAAAUCUGGAAGAAAAGCUAAGAGCGUGGUUAACUGACUCAAUCUCUUAGAGUGCUUUUCGGCUGAGCAUCUAUUACCAGAAUCAACUUGAUCACAUAGGCUAAUCAGAGGAAAGGGAAAUAUCUUUAAGGGCCAAUGGGAACAAAGUAAAAAGAAACAAACUGUCUAAAGCGCGGAAAGACGCGGGCGAUCAAUUCUGAUUGGUUUUAGUUUUGCAUCUAAUUGGUUUAGAGAGUGGCGCGAGUUUUCUGGACCAAUCACAUAACGAGGUAAGGUAAUACUAAUGCAAUCUCGGAUUACUUUCGACACUCAGUUGAAAAUUGCUUUAUGAAGUUUAAAAUUAGUCAUCUUGUGUUUUUUUGGAUACUUUGGUUUACCAAUUAAGGUCUGCUCGCCCUUUAAAACCUGUUUAACUUGAUCUUUUUAAAUAAAACUUUUCGUUUUCUAUCAUCCUGUGACAGGAAUUUUCUUUUUUACCUGAGUUUAUAUUCAUUACCUUGCAGAUGAUUCAAAGCCGCUAAUAUAUUGUACUACAGGGUCCGCCAAUAGUCCGAUCACUAUUUGCCUAUUUACCUAUUUACUUACCAAUUUUGGUUCAAGCUACAUUCAAUGACGUUUGAACGUUGUAUUUGUUUAACUGUUGGACAAAGUGACUGAAUAUAUUAAUCAGUGAUGUGUAAGCUUUAAUAUAGUUCAUCAACUGAUCUUGCUGAAAAGCUGGGGCUGGAAUUCGAAACAACGAGUCAUCCGACAAAGUUAUAUCGUCGGUAAAUCUUAACACCUCUGGUUUACCCUUUUUUAUAAGCCUGCGUCUCAUGUGGAAGGGGUCAGUUGACUGUCAUAUAUCUCGAGGGUAGACUUGAACAAAAGAAGUGAUAUAUCAAAUAAAGAAGUAAUCCUCGCAGGUAACUUAAACAAUUGUUGAAAAUAAGCCUUUAAAAAAAAUUCAGGCUUCUGCGGGAUUCAGACACGUUUCUCCCAGAUACAAGGCUCUACUUGAUUUUCAUUCGUAGAUAAAAUGAAAUUUAUAUCACUAAAAAAUAUGAUCAGAUUCCUAUACGGGAAAAAAGAACCCUAUAACAGGUGCCCUAUUCGAAACGUGUGGCUUCGUAACUCAGUUGGUAGUCGCGCCUAACUACAGUGUUGUAUCUGAGUUCUUUUUCAGGCAACUAUUCUGCAAUUGCUUAAAUUGCGGCUCACCUGCGUGGAUCGAUUGCUUUACUAGAUUUUACUCGGCGGGUUAAGAAGCGUUUCGUGUCCGAUUUGUGAUUUUGGAAACUAGAGUCCGAUUUACGAUUUUGAACACCAGUGCGCGAUUUAUGAUUUUGGACAGUAAUGUCCUAUUUAUGAUUUUGAACGCUUGCGUCCAAUUUAUAAACAUUAGUGUCCGAUUUAUGAUUUUGGACUUUAAUGUCCGAUUUGUGAUUUAGGAUACAUAUGUCCAAUUUAUUAAUCAUGGACAUUAGUGUCCAAAAUCCAAAAUUGGACACAAGUGUCCACAAUCACAAAUCAGACACUAGUGUCUUAAAUAACAAAUCAGAUACUAGUGUCCAAAAUCACAAAUCGGACUCCAGUUGGACACCAAUGUCCAACAUCAAAAGUCAGAUACUAGUGUCCGAAAUCAAUAAUCUUGUCAAAACAUGUCUAUCUAACGUUUUAUAUUUUUCAUAUAUUUUUCUUAUUAUAAUUUUUAAUGAAAUAAACUACAGGUUGCCGAUCACUUAACAAUUUUGUCUUUCCUUGUCCCAAAAUAUCCUCAAUUCUUAUUGUUGGCACAUAAUUCAUUCCGCUAUUCUCCUUGCACAGGAUUUCAAUUAAAACUGAAUUCUAAUUAUGUGCCUGUGUCAAUAAAUAAAUGAAAUUGUAAGUAACUCUAACCUUAACCCCUGAAAAUACGUUGUGGCACGAUAAAAAAACCAAAACAGUUAUCAUCUCAGUACGUAUCAGAGACAAGGUAAUGUGAAGAAUGUAUCAAAGUAGCUUUGUAAUUAAGAUUUUCGAGUUGGUAACUUCAACAAAGCUAAAAUAAAACUUCAAAAUUAUGGGCCGGUUAUUUACACGAGGUGUAACCCAAACCGCGCUUUUACGCAAGCAGUGGGCGUUACGUGUUCUCUAUAAGAGGGUUUCUAAGUUUUCAUGAAUUUCCUUCCCUUCCUUUCUUUCAGCCCUCCUGACACCGUCCACAAAAAUAAAUGUUCAGGUAAAAGAUUCAGCUAAAUUCAAGAUAGUUUAGAAAGUGGUUUUGUUAAACAACAGAUAAACUUUGUUUAAAUAACCGGCCCUACACGUUAUAAGUUUAUUUUCUCAGCUUUGAACUCUCUUGUAAUGUUCGAAUUACACGAGCUCUAAGAAAAGCGCUAUUCGCCAAGAUCAGAAUUUAAUAUCAAUACCGGAAAAAUCUUCCUUUAUUUUCUGCGCAUUGAAAUUUGCAUUUGUGGUGUAUUGUCUAAGACUGAAUCUUUCUAAUCAAAAACUUGUGGCUGAGGGUAAAUCAAUUAAGAUUUUCAUAAUAUUUGUUUAUUUAGCUGUUAUUCUGUGGGUAACAUAUCCAUUUAAUUCACAGUGCAUAGCAUUUCUAAACGCAUUCGAAGCAGUAACGGGUAAGAGCUGUUGGAAGCUUUUUCGAGGAAACACUAGUUAAUACAAUUCAAAAAGGCGCCUAAAGGUAUUUCAAUGUAACAGGUCUUUCUAUAAUUUAAUUCAAUAGAAAAACAGGAUAAAAUUUUAACAAUGGGUCCUUUUUGCUGAGCCGGAGAGUCUCAGUAAGGUGAUGGCUUUUACGGCUAAACGUUAAAAAUUUUACCAAUUUUGGACUUACAGUUAAUUUCUUUCCCUUAUGGUUAAAAAAAAAAAAAGAGUGACGUUUAGGGUUAACUUUUUUACGACUGAAAAUUUGAAUUUGUCAGUUUUUACGCCUAACAGUUGAAGUUUAUGGCCGUUUUACUGCUUUCGGUAAACCCCAUUGAAACCACCUAUUGAGGCUUACAACACGAAAUAGAUUGAAUUCUGGCAGUGAAGUUCCAAUUCCAUGACUUUUUACAUACUCUUCAAGUAACAGUUUGAGUUACGAAGCUGUCCACAAAACUACUUAAGAGUGGAUGUGGAAGCCUUCAGUGAACAGGCUGAUAAGAUACUUCUAAUUGCAGUAACUUCGUUGUAGGUAACAGAAAAAGGGAAAAAGCCACAUUCUAAUUUAUCGACAUAUUUCAUAAGUAUAAGGCAUUAAUAAGUAUACACCGACUUUUUCCUCUUUUUUUUAGUUUUGGAAUCGCUUGUAGUGUUUUAACAAUGUCUAAUACUCUCAAGAAGUUUGAAAGAAUUCUUUAGUGGAAAUUUUGAGAAAAUGCUCGGCUGGGCAUGUAGUUCUAUCUGUUAAUAUAUUCCUAUUCAGCCUUUUCUAUUUUUUUAUUCCUUUUUUUCUUUUUUCUCCUUAAGAAAACUUUAUUGCAAUCAAGUGUAUGACUUUAACUUAGGGUAGUAACACUAGUAUGAGAGCAGGUUGCGACUCUAUGUGUGGGCCGUGGUAAACUUCGUUGAAUCUUAUCGCAAGUAAAGAAAACGGAUUUAUACAACUAUCUUUUACAAUUGCUGAUACUGAAGCCAGUUUCUGAAUUAUAUCCAACAGAUACAUUAAUUAUCUGAAUAGGACGAAGAACCGGCAAUUCACUAUAUGCAGCUCAUUCUCAACAAAUUUUCUGAUAUGAUAGUAUCAUGUUUAAGUUUUUUCUUUUCAAAUCGUUGCCAACUAAUUUUGAUGCCACUUUGGUCGCAAACGUGUGCGUUGCUACAAAUUUUCGAGUUCAACACUUUCGAGAAAGGCCUGGAGGUCAGUCUUUUCUCUAAGAAACUGAAUGCCAGUAAAGGAGGAAAGUAAAUUGAUUGCGUUAUCAGAGUGAAAUUAUACUAUAUACCUAUCAAUGGAAUCAAGGAAAAAAAUUCAUUGAAAUAACAGUAAUUUAAGUUAGAAUUUGCUUAAAUCGACUUCCCUUGAUAUUUAGACAGGGUAUAAAUGAGGUGUUAAGAAUCUUGUCUGGGUUCGAUCAUAAGAUCGAAAAAUUCCAACGUCUCCGCGGACUAAUCAAAACGUGGGAUUUUCUGUAGAAAAAAUUAACGAAUUAAAAAAAAAAAUUAAGGUAAAUAAAUAAAUUACAAGAAGGAAAAUAAUGACUUUAAUAUGUGCAUAUUUUUCUUUGUCUCAUUCUGAUACGAACCAUUCAAAACUUAAUGAAGCCCUCUAACACCUAAGGGUUGGCGGUCUACACCUUCUCAUUAAAGACAAUAAGGACCACUUGUGCAGUUUCAUUCUUCCCUGUGCAAUUUACAGGUGCAGCAAACACUUAAUAAUGAAGCCGCUCUUUGUCGUGUUGGUCAUUCUGAUGAUUGGAGAUAUUUUCAUCACAGUCCAAGGUAAAAUUUUCAUUCUCAAAUUUCGUUACACUUAAUAAUUUCUCUACUCUUGACUCUUCUUAUUUAUUUAUUAAUUUUUUUCUGGAAUUUGCUUUUCAAAGGAGUUGAUAUUCAAACAAUAACUUUGAACUAAGUUUUGUCUCAGUACAGGUAAUGCUAGUUUAUGAUACAGAACAAGUAUCCGUGUAAAAUCGAGUGUCUAUCUUUCAUUUUCUUCCCGUUCUUUCGUAUCGGACUUUCGACUCGCAUGUGAUCAGGUGAUGCAAGUUUAAACCGUAGCGAACUUGUGAGCCAACCGACGUCAACAUAAGAACUCGGAGAAACAAACCAUAUAGUUAUAUGCCUAGACUUUCACUCAACAAAACGAACACUGUGAAUGGUUGAUUCUUGGUCACGGCCCCUAAUCAAAUUUAAAUGUAUUCCGCACGGGAUAAAAUUGCGCAGUUGUUGCCCAAGCACCGAAUACAACAACAUAUUUUGGCCAUAUGAUUGUUUUAGGGAAAGUCAAGAUAUAUAACAAAGCACUUAAUGUAUGGUCCCUCGGGAAACUAGUUAGUAUUGUUUUCCCGAGAGUCCUGACGUUUCCCUCGGGCCAUACAUUAAGGGUAUAUUGUUUCUUUAGAGCCAUUUAGUAGGUGCUUAUCAUAAUUCUAGAAAGGGGGGGGGGCACCUUAACUUCCCCAAAACUCCACAGUCGCCCAGGAAAUCUCGCCUUAAGGACGAUUGUUCUCUCUUAGUUUUGGUCCGGCCACCAUAUCAUCAAUGUACCACCUACCCAAAGAAGCUUACCCAACAUAACACUAAGGAUCAGUCUGUUUCGAAUCUUUUCCCAUCUAAUAAUCAGUUCUAAUAAUAUUUCAUUGUAUAUAGAUAAAUAGAUAAAUAGAUAUUUUUAUUUCUAAUCCUUUUCUUUUUAGGAUAACACGACAUAGGGUCAACCUCUAUUUCUUCCUCUCCAACAUGUUUUCUAUUUUGUUUUAUAUGAAUUGUGUCGCGGGUUUGCAAAACUUUCUCGAAUUUUCCCAGGCCCCCCCUGGGGUUCUCUAUCGCUUAAAUUUUUGGGAUGAAAUCUCGGCCGCGUUGCUCGGAUGUGAAUAGCGAAGGAUUUUCGGAGUUUGAGUUACCAAUCAGAGGGCGCCUUCAACGCUAUCCACCCUUUUAGUUUAUUAUUAAAAUAGAAAUUUAAACUGUUUGUUUGUCUCUUGGUUUGAUCAUCAGGAUCUUCCGUAAAAAUUGACAUCCGAAGCGAAGGCUGUAAUGAUCCAGGAAAAACGCCAAAUACAUGCGGCAGAGCAUACAUCAAGGUGAAUGACGUUGAACACGCUAAACAAGGCAGAGGGCAUAAUGUUGUUGUCCUGGAUGCGGUAACAGGUAAAGAUCUUCAGUGUUAGUAUUUAAAUGCUGCUAUUUUUUUAAUAACAAUAAAACGUUAAAAUUUGGAGAAAAGAAGUAGAUCGACUACUUAUGAGCAUUUUUACGAAGUUAUGUCUACCACAGCUGAAGUGAGGAGAAUUAUCGAAGUAUAAUGAAACGGUAUUCUACAGUAUUCUACAAUACUGUCGAAAGUCAUUAAAAAUGCACGAAACGAGAUAUUUAAACUCUUGCUCAUGAAAAUAGAAAAAAAGGUAAGGUAACUCAUUUUAUAGCUCUUAAAUUACUCGGCUUUUAUUCCAAGAAAUAUCGAACGUAAUCUUUCAAUUAAGGAGGUGUGCAAGACUCCGUGGUUUUCGAUGCCAAAAAAAAAUAUAUUUUUCAAUGCAGGAAUUGUGGAACACUCUGUGAGAUUCGACACUCAUGGAAAUAGUGACGCUGGAAACCAGUUGAAAGGCUUUCUUAACGGGAUUUCUGGAGAGUAAGUAUCAGUUUGUCUUACAAAUUGCAAACACAAUUUUUUUUUUUAAGUGGAGCCAAAUCUCAGAAUUGCAUAGGGAGUCUUAUAAAUUUCAUAAGAAAUUUAAACUUGGGGUUCGAAAAUUUUGCAAACACAUUAGGAUAAAGUUGAAAAGGUCUGGCCUAAAUGUUAGCACGAAAAGACCCACAAAGCAUUCACUCGGUUUUCCUGACCAUACAAACGCACCUAAACAUGAAAGAAUUUGCGCUCAUCACGACAAUCAUUCGGCGUAAGAUUUGAACAUCGCAAUGCGGACGAACAACCAAAUCGACUCCAAAAUGCUGCUCACUUGCUCACAAACUAGGACUAGUUUUCCCGCUCAAUGGGAAAGGUGAAGCUCAGUGGCAAAAUGAUAAAUGUACCAGAAUAUUACUUGAAAUCCUUUUUUUCAGGUACAGGCUUUCUUUUCUAAGUUUGAAGUGUUACACAUACAGUGAAUGAAACUCCAGACUUAACAGCAUUAAGCAUUUAAUUCCUAAGAGUGACUAGCAUCUAAUUCCUCAUUAUUAUAUCAGCUCUAAAUGAUACUUUAAGGCCCCGAGAAUAAAGAAUAUCAUCAUCAACUUAAGAGGCUCUUAGCUGAUUGUUAAACAAAUUUUUCUUGACAGCUCUUCAAGGAAUGUGUAAAGAAUAGCGUGGAAUAUCAUCAUCUUGAUUUUAGGGGUAGAAAGCUUUAAAAUCAGCACAUCAGAUCCAACAGUAAGCCUCUAGUAAAUGUUUAUGAAAAUUUGGUACAUUUAACAAUUUCUUUUUCUACUUCAGUAAGAUAGUCCUGGUUGCAGUCCAAGACGAGGGUUCUAGAUAUGUUCAAACAGCUUUUGAUGCUCUGACAAGAAUGGGAGGCUACGAUCUGGGCUUUCUUGACUACCGAGGAUCAUAUGCUCUUGUCGGACACCCAGGAGAUCAGAAGCCAUCUUAUGUUACACAAGUACAGAGCAAGAGUGGGCAGGGACCAAGUGUGAUCUCCAUGACAGUUCCACUUACGAUAAGUAGGUUAUAUAACUAUUACAUAACAUUUGUACGUGAAAAGUUUAAGUUGUCCUUAUGCGAUACCUGUAUGUAUUCUGGGAUUUCUUUACGUUUCUUGGAUAAUACGACCCCCACUAUUUUUUCCGAUGAAUGUCUCAGCAACGUAUCGUUUCAGCCUAACACAACGUUGCUAAGCAUACCCUUAAUUUCAAAUCUAAGUUGCUAAAAUUCUAAAAUGUUGGCAGUCUGAUUGUCACAAUCAUAGAGUUUGUUUGCUUUCCUGGAAUGAAUUCACAUUAGAGAUAAUUCAUUAAACGUUAACAGAAUGUUAUUGUUUGAAAAACGUAAUCAAUGAUAAUGCCCAAAGAGCAUAAAGAAAAUCUAGGUAACCGAACUUCAGAUUUCAAAUGUGUGAUAGUGGAAAUAACUACCCGUCAGGCGAUAUCGAUAUUGUACGCUGUGUCGUUUCUAAUUGAGACUCAUCCUUGUUUCAUCUCAUCUGGGUAAUUUGAGAUCUAAACGAGUCAACCAACAAUGCGUGCAAGGAAGGAAUCCCCUUAAUUUAGUCACAUCUAUUGAUAGAUGAAUACUUUGUGUUCGUUUGAAAACGAAUCAUUUUUUCCCGUUUCUCAUCAAUGAUUCCUGGCGCGUUUCCUCUAAUCUCGAAGAAGUCAAAUUCGCAGUUCACUUUUGAUACAACCAUCUUUUUCCUUUUUUUUUUUUGUUCAGACGUCAUUGACUAGUGGGACGACGAAUGUGAACCCGAUACUUUUUGACAUCCAUUGCAUGUAAACAGACAGGAUACUGGACUGGACUGGACUUUUGGACUUCUGGAUUCAGUUACCAAAAGAGUCGCAAAGUUACUAUCUAUCGUCUUAGUUUGAUACUCUACCUUAGCCCGUAACCAUUGUCUCAAAAAAUACAUCUCAAAAAAAUGCAAAAAAGAAAUAUAGAUAUGUAUGAAGCAAACAGAUUGAUAGGUAAAUAAAAAUCAAAGAGUUGCUUGUGUUCGUUCUGCUCCAUCACACUUGUUUCAGGCCGUCAACUUCAAUCUAAUGGGCCACUUUCCAGUUCUCGCGGUUUAGUGAUCUGGUACCGAAAUUACGGCGUGAGGACUAGGCUAAUUGCGAAGUCGUUCUCAUCGAUAUAAAGAAGCGUCGUGGUAGAGAAAACGAGUACACAUUUCUCGAAUUUCAUUGAAGGAGAGUGAAAAAAUUAUUCGUGAGAGAGGCUUAAAGUAAAGUGAUAGCGGAGAAAAUAAUCCAUAACAGUUUGAUUUAUGCAAGAAAGCUGCAGCAAAGAAGCAGGUCAAAAUUGCCUCUUCAUCCAAACAAGUGACGGCAAAUUUCCAAUACCAAAAUUUCUAAUGCUUGGACGUACCACUUUUCUAACGUUCCAGAGCUCUCGCUGGACGUCCGUAUGCAGCGUUGCCUCACUUGUUCUAAUGUCACUAUUUAACCGUAGUUUACUUCCUGCUGAAUCGUAGCGAGGGCUUACUGUAGUUUGCAAAACGAAACGAAAGUAAACUUAAACCUCUAAAUUGUUAAAUGAACUCAAACUCUUAAAUUUUGGAAAUGGAAAUCUGUAAUUUGCGAAAUGGAAAAUGUGUAGAUCUGUAAUUGACAACACUAGAAGUGCAAAAAAACUUAUGGCCGCCAGGCAGAAGGAUGAAUCGGUCAGUUCACCACCGGCGUGGUUUACAUAAGUAAUCUUGCAUGUAAUAACAACUUGGGAAAGAACGAAAGGAAAAUCUUCGUGGUGUACUUUGCAAAAUAUUCACUUGAACAUUCAGCAUGAAAACACAGAAGUUAUCUCAUACUAUUGCCCUUUUUUUACAACAAAAAUAUUCAAAGAUGGAAUGAAAUCAGAAAAAAAGUAGCUUGGGGUUCAGAUUGUAUUUAUAGUUAAGAUUAUAUGCUACGUUGGGUUUACAAUCUACGUUAGUGACGAACUGAUCGAUUCAUCGAUCCUCUCGGCCGAUGGAGUUUACCGCACGGAUUCUCAUUUCGUAAAUUACACAUUUUCUCUUCGCAAAUUAAAGCCUCCAAUUUUGCUAAUUACAGAUUUUUAGUUGACUUGAAAAAUUACAGUAGCUGAAUGUCUCUCUCCCACAAAUAAUUUUUUACUCUCUCGCACUGAAUUUCGAGAAAUUUUUCUCUCAUUUUCCCCACUACAGCACUUUUUCUUUAUACCAACGAGAACGACUUCGCACUUAGCCUCGUCCUUGCGCCGUAAUUUCGUUACCAGAUCACUGAAUCCCGUAAACUCGGAAGUGGCCUAUUCUUCUUAUCAUUUCCUCCCUUUGUUUUGCACUUAAACACAUUUUGACCGAAGCUGGCGCUAGAAUUCAAUAGGCAAUUUCUAAAUUACCAUUGGCCUCAUUUUCAAAGCGAGUCCUAAUGCUGAUCCUUUCAUAUUGUUAUAAGUUUUCAUUCACAUGCAAAUUAAACACAUUUCAAACGAAUGAUUGAGCACCAGUCCUCGUUUUGGAAAAGAGGCAAAAGGUAAUUCGGAAAUGGCCUAUUGCGAUCAGUUCCGUUUGAUCAUUCCACUCUUUUCACGAGGCAAUUAGUCGUCUUUAGCAAACCCCAAAAGUUCACACUUCUUUUCCUCAAUUUGAUGUGUUGAACAGCCCGCGUUGGUCAAACUCGCGACGAAAUGAUAGAGGAUCUCCCAAAAUUUAAUAGAUCCUUAUAAUUGGCGUAUUUCGUAAUUCUGAUAUUCUACGUGAACGAAGUUGCAAAUCAGAUUUCCCCUUUCUCUUCUUCUGUUUGGGAUUAACUGUCUGAGUCAAUGAGAACUGUGAAAAAUUUUAACCUAAAAAGGAUUCGUGGCCCUCAAAUAAAGGUUAUCCCAAUCUUAUUUGUGUAACUUUAGAUGUGAACGAGUGCACAUAACAUGGAAAUUAUGGGUGCGAUUGCAAAUCUGGAUACACUGGAAGGAACUGCGAAACAGAUCUAACAUUCAACUCUAUAAUUUGAAAGGAUUAAUACUGUUGUCUGUCGAGAAGCGUCCCGUAAAUUAUGAAUCUCUCCCUUUUCUGACAUUUUUUCUAAGAUAUUAACGAAUGUACCAAAAGUCCUUGCAAGAACGGAGCUACUUGUGUUAACCUUCAAGGAAGCUAUCGCUGUGAUUUUGUAACGGGACAUUCAGGAAAAACCUGCGAAACAGAUAUUUCAUUUGUUAUCUAGUACAGCUAUGGGGUCAGUUUAGCUAAUAGUUUUAAUUUGAUAAGCUGAUGUGCAUCUUUUAUUCUUAGAUGUAAAUGAGUGUGAAGCUAACCCUUGCAAGAAUAGAGGCACGUGUGUUGAUCUUGUUGGAGAUUAUCGUUGUGACUGUGUGCCUGGCUAUACUGGAGAAGAUUGCGAGAAAGGUACACACUAUUUGUAA